AUGGCAUUCUCCAAGGAUGAAAAAACGUACGGCAAGGCGACGCUCGCGGUUCUGAGAUGGAUCAAAACCCUAUUCUUCCUGAUCACGAUGUUGCUAUCUCUACUCCUAUUCUCCGCCCCGGUUCUCCUCGUCGUCGCCGACGCGCUCCUCCCCUCCGCCUUCCUGUCCGCCACCAUGUCACUGUCGUCCCUCAACCUCCAGACGCUCUCCUCCCACCUCGGCAACUACGACUUCCGCUACUCGCUCAUCCAUAUCCCCCUCGUUACCAGAGUGGUCCGCUACUCGCUCAUCGAUAUCCCCCUCAUCAAAUCGCGGCGUCGCCGACGUGGAGCUUCUUUAAGAGAGGGCUCUGCUUGA